AUGUUUCUCUUACGUACCUUCCGCACCGCUACUGCAGCACGCGUCGCACCUAUCUCCCGAGCUGCUGCUCCCUUCACCACUUCCUCCUUCCGCUUCGCCUCUGGCGACUACGGCUCGGGCGCACACAAGCACGGCAAAGAGCUAGAGAAGGAGAGCCACGACAAGGAACAUCCAGGUCCUCCACCACCUUCGACUGGCGGCAAGAGCAAGUCCAGCGAAUCUUCACAGCCAUCAUCGAGCGGCAGCAGCAGCGGACAAUCUCAGAGCAACGAUGGCGCAGCAGCUCAGCCAAAGAUCCUGAACGAUGCGCGACCUGCAGAGGGCGAAGAGUCCGAGGAGGUAAGAAAACACAACGAGGAAUUCCGCAAACGCGCAGACCGCCAGCAAGAUGGCAAAAAGGAUGACAAGGUGGACAAGGAGUUUUGGAAGGGUCAAGGUGGUGUGGACAGAGAGCCGUAGAUGGCUUCCUGAAAGGAUCAGCGGAUACGAGUUCUUUCGGCGCUCUGAGAAGCAACGUUUCUUCAUAUUGGCGAUUGAAGCCAUUCGACAUCGACAGCAGCAUGGAUUGUACAGUAAUAUCAGAAUGUAAAAGGGUUGUAUACCCGGAAUGAGAAUCGAAUUUUCUUCGACGCUCAUGGGUCUCGCUGUUUCGCUUGCCGAUAUCAAUAC